CGGCCCACCGGGGGCCUGGUUAGCGACCGUAAUGUGAGGUAGGUUCAGUGAGGUUUCUGCAGAAGUACAGAACAAGUUAAUUAAGUUAAGGAUCAGGAAAAAUAUUUAGAAGCGUUUUCUUCUCACACACGGAAGCAGUGUUUUGAUUGGCUGUUAGUCCAAUGGUUUUGAUUCUAGCCGGAAGUUGCGUGAUUGUUGAAGUGAAGACAACAAAUAGCGCGUGUUGUGAAUAUUGGCCGGUGGUCCUGGUGUUUCUGUGGUCGCAUGAAGCAUGGUGCGAGUUUAACUACAAGUGUCUUUCAGUCCCGAGGACCAUCGCUAACGGGAGUAGCUCGAGCUGUCAGACAUGGCUAUCGCACACGUAGCCACCGAAUACGUCUUCUCCGACUUCCUGCUUAAAGAGUCGCCAGAAGCCGCGAGGUACAAAGGAAUCCGUUUGGAGCUCACGCUGGAUAAGAUGGUGACGUGCAUUGCGGUGGGACUACCGCUCGUGCUCAUCUCCCUGGCCUUCGCGCAGGAGGUGUCUGUCGGUACGCAGAUCAGCUGUUUCUCCCCCUCUAACUUCUCGUGGCGGCAGGCUGCAUAUGUGGACGCUUACUGCUGGGCUGCCGUCCAGAAACAGCACCUCACUGAGGGACCCGAGAAAGGCUUACCGCUGUGGCUACACAAGUUCUUCCCCUACAUACUCCUGCUCGUGGCGGUGUGUGUGUAUAUUCCGGCAUUGUUUUGGCAUCUGGCUGUGGCUCCACCCCUCUACUCUGACAUCACUUUCAUCCUGCAAGAAUUUGACCAGUCAUACAACAGGGCCAUCAACCUUGCUACCCGAUUGGCCAGUUCACAGUCUGACACUCAUGGGUCUGUUCUAGAUCUGACGGACAGCUGGUUUAAGUACCCUCUGGUGGAACAGUACCUGUUGACUAAGCGCGGUUCUCGCGUUCUGCUGCUGCGCUACGUUCUGUGUCGCGUUCUCACGCUGCUGAUUCUCCUGAUGGCCGUCCUCUACCUCAGCUACUACAUCAGGCUGUCCUCUCAGACAGAUGAGUUUUCCUGCAGCAUCCGGACGGGAAUUCUGCGGAACUCUUCCGAUGUUCCUGCUGCCUUUCCCUGCAAGCUGGUUGCCGUGGGGAUCUUCCAGCUGCUGAGCGUGAUCAACGUGUGUGUGUACGGCAUGCUGAUGCCCGUGUGUGUGUACGCCACCCUGGUGCCGCUGCGCCAGAGCCACGACUUCCUCUCGCCCUUCCAGCUGCUGCCCACCCUGGAGGUCAUGACCUUUGACCCCGCCUGGGACGACCUCAGCCUCUUCCUACUUCUGCUGGAGGCCAACAUCGGCCAGCUCAAGUCCUACAAGUGCCUCAAGGUGUUGGAGAUGUUGAAGAGGCGAAAUGAGCAGUGUGAUGUCAUGUUGGUGCUCCAGAACUUGGGGCAGGUGAAGAGUGACAUCACUGACGGCAAACGCCAAGUGGCUACGGAACCCCCCAGGCCCCCCCACAACAGCACAGAGAUGAAAGAACUCUCUCCUUUGUUGUCUGCUCCUGCUGGUUCUGUGCGUCAGCGGUCCAUCUGACAGAGUAUCCAUAGAGACCGUGGUUCCAUCUGAUGCCGUUUCCAUAGUGACAGCAGACCUCCUGACGGCGUUUCCAUAGCGACAACAGACCUCCUGACGGUGUUUCCAUAGCGACAGCAGACCUCCUGACGGUGUUUCCAUAGCAAUGAACUCUGCUCCACUGCCUUGAUUGAUUGAUGGGGAAAUGAACCACUGAACUCCUGAGUGUUUUACUACAGGUGGAGUUUGUGUGUGUGUGUGUGUGUUGAACUCCUGACUACAGGUGGAGUUUGGGUGUGUGUGGUGGGGUCAUAGGUUGGAAAAGUGUGUGUGUGUGUGUUUAUGUGCAUGUUAACCAGACUGAUUAGUAAUGAAUUGGUUCGUAAAUACAGUGUGUGUGUGUGUGUGUGUGUGUGUGUGUGAGGUUAUAAUUAUGUGCCUUAAAUAAAGAAUGUU